GUGGGCAGGACGAGGGAGGAGGCGGAGAGCUGUUGUACACACGCACACACACACACACACACACUAAACAACAAGCUUUAAACUUUCCCGAAAUGUCGCACCACGAAUGAGCAUGACAACCGGAACACAAUCGAAGACGACUACGGCUUUAUUACAACGUGAUAUUCAGUACAGAGAAGACGGCAAGACAGAAGUGCCUUAAAGGAGAGCGUGAAAAAGAAAAGGAACCUCACACAAAUCCGUAUCUAAAUAGAAAUGAGUCCAUUCAAAAAGCAACGGGGGCGAUCCCCUUCGUCAUCCCGAGGCCGAGGAGGGCGAAGGAAAGCGAGCGCUAAGCCUCCUCAAGAGACAGUCCCCAAAAGAAUCAAGCAAGAGUCACUCUGCAAAAGCCCACAGAACACACCCAGCACUUUCUCCAAGCAGAGCCCACCCGCAGCGGGCGACCUUCACAAGGAGCUGAUCGCAGACCAGCAUACCCCCGGGAGGGGCGAGUCAACCGGGUCGAGGAAACCGGCCGAUAAGGACGCGGCAAAGACGGCACAAAAUUUGACGGAGUGCCAAAGUGUGUCGGCAGGCUCAGCAGCAUCCCCUACCUCUCUGGCUGCCAACCACAACCCCGGCCCGGCCUCUGUGUCAAGCAGAAAAACGGCCACUUUCAAAGCUCGCGUUCCCAAGAAGAAAUACACUUAUGAGCACUUUGCCAACAACGCCACUCUUCCCGCCACCCUUCCUACCUCCAGCCAUGCACCCACAGGCAACAAAAUCGGUGACAGUGUGAAUCCGACUCUUAAUCAUCUAAAGAAUUGCAACAAUGUUAGUCAUAUCAUAAACAUCAAAACAGAUGCUCCUAUAAAGAGUAACAUUACCAUGGCCAAUAGCAGAAGUAAUGCGUGCUCAGGUAAUCAGUCUUCAGUUCAACAAGUUGUUAGUAAAGGCACAGAAGAUGGCGGGGCUCUCAGGACACUAGUAGCCACCAUAGAAAAAGAGCCCCAGGUGGGGGCAAACGAAUCAGAGGCCGCCCCCAACUCAGUGCGCUCCUCCUCCACCGACACAGCCAGCGAGCACUCGGCUGAUCUCGACGUGACGGAGGCAAAUGGACUGAGCAACCCAAAGACCCCUGCUCCCUUUCUGAACUCGCUGCCCAAGGGGGCCGGCGAUACCGGUGAACUUGGUGAAGCACUUGCUGAAGAACUUGGCAAAGGUUUGAAAAAUCAGAGAGUCUUGGCUCGACAAAUAAGGAACUCUGUCGAAGCCGGUGUCGGCGCGACAGGCCAGGAGAAAGACUUGUGCUCCCUGUCCCCGGUGUUCACACCUGGUGUGGUAAGGGAGGUACGGGGGCGUAGCGUCCAAGUCCAGCUCCAAGGAAAGAACACCAUUGUUAAAUAUCCUUUUGAUGGCGGAACCAUGAUGACUGCAUCAGGAUCCGCGAGCGUUGUGGAAUUAGUUUUGGAUGCGCCCCCACCUGGUGUGUCGACCGUAGCUGUUAGUACAAAAGUGUGUGUGCCCUUUGGGGGAGACGAGGGGGGGCCGCUGCUGUACAGAGAGGGGGUUGUCUCUCAGGUGGACCCUCACCCUGGUGUCUCGUUCCCCUACCAGGUGGUUCUGAGUGAAGACGGAGAGAUGCUGGGCAACGGCACUGGCCGUCAACGGGGAGAUAAAAGUAAACCUCAGACCGUGUGGGUUUCCCGACAAAGUCUGAGACUCCUCACCCCUCCUUGGGAUGUCCCGCACUUGGAGGGUGGGGGUGUGCGGGAAAGGGAGCGGGACAGGGAAAGAGAAGAACGAGAGUGGAGGGAGGAGAUGGAGGUGGAGAGAGAGGUUUGCCAGUUGAGUAGUGGAAUGGGUGUACUGGUAGGGGGAGCAAGGCUGACCCAUGGCUUGUCUCAUCAAGGGCUCGCCGCCGGGCAUCCCUACGGAAAUUUGCAUCCCUCCACCAUAACUGCUAAUAUGGGGGCCAGCACAAUCUACUCAGACAUAGAGAGACCCAAACACGUCAACAUCCCAGAGGAAGAUGUUGAGGUAUCUCGUCUAAAUAUGUCUGCUGCGCCCAAGACGAGCCCUGCCACGUCACAGCACAGAAAUAUAAUUUCCAAGUCCAGUAGCUACCAAUCACCCUCGACCCACCUCUCUGUGGUGAGGGGUUUGGGGCCCCCGGAUUUCGCCAACCUAGCAAGCCCUCAGCCUCCUCCUUCACCUGCCUUACUCAAUUCCGAAAUGAACACUGUGCCAAAUCUACCUCCAUCCAAGAUCACACCCAGUCAGACCCCAACACCCUUGUCCGUAGGGGGUUCUUCCACUACUUCUUCUCGCUCCAGGACGCCCCUCUCGUUGGCUCAGAAAUACAAGAAGGGCGACGUUGUGUGCACCCAGAACGGUAUUCGGAAAAAGUUCAACGGCAAGCAGUGGCGGCGGCUGUGCUCCAGGGAGGGCUGCAUGAAGGAGUCUCAGCGUCGCGGCUAUUGCUCCAGACACCUAUCCAUGAGGACCAAGGAGAUCGAAGCCGCUGGGGGAGCGGACAGGGCCGGAGGUGGCGGCGGCUCAGGGACCGUGACGCCGUCUGACCUGCGGGGGAGAGCUGGCAGUGAAUUUGAGUGGGAUGACACGUCAAGGGAAAGCAGCGAGACGAGUAGCCGGGGAGACUCCAGACCCCGCUUGUUCCUCCCCCACGACCUGUCGGCACGCUUCGACUUUGACGAGUGCGAGGCGGCCACCAUGCUGGUGUCGCUAGGAAGCUCCCGCUCAGGCACCCCGUCCUUUUCGCCCAUCUCCAACCAGUCCCCGUUCUCCCCUGCCCCCUCUCCCUCGCCCUCCCCACUGUUUGGCUUCAGGCCGGCAAACUUCUCCCCGAUCACCGCCUCCCCGGUUCUUCAACACCGGCACAGGCACAGGCAACCAAGCGGCACGGGGGGAGGAGGUGGCGGCAAGGCAACCACCCCGGCAGGGGGAGGAGAACGGGAAAGACUCUCUUCGAGCAUCCAGCCGUCGUUCCACAGCAACCUGACGUUUACGGUCCCGAUGAGCCCCAGUAAACGAAAACCUGAUGCACCCCCUGCUCCGCCCCUCCCCCUGCACCACCACAAUUACACGCCCAAGACAGAGCUGGAGCAGAGCGACCUCAACAACUCUUUCAGAGUGCUGUCCCCGCAGACACCGGCGUCACAUUCCCACACGCCCACCUUUUCGAGGCCGAAGGGGUCCACCACCCCCUCCUCCAGCAGGCCUCCGUCCUCCGCUGCUGCCUCCCCUCCUCCUCUCCUUGUGUCCCCGGCGCCUCCGUCCCCUCUGACCGCCGACGGAGGGCCUCGUCGCGUGGUGCCUGUGUCCCAUCAGAACUUGCGGGACUCACCUGUCAUUGUGAGGAACCCUGACGUUCCGCUAACAAAAUUCAUUGAGUGUCCCUUAGGAAAAAUGGGCGAAAAAGUCGGAGGGGUGCAGCCUCCUUUACCUAAAGACAACGGCAUAACCACCUUCGCGCCCCAACCGAUAUCUGGCCUCCAGGUUCCUGUCCCCAUCAACGCUGCAGCAGCCCCAGUCCCCAGUGGUACCGUCCUUCUGCGAAGUCUGGCCCAAACCUUGCUACUAGUCUCCCCGUCGCCGUCCUCUCUGCCCACAUCGGACGUCGCCCCGCUGGCGGCCCUAUCUGUCGCCGUUGGCACGACGGUCGCCGGACCUUUUCCGUGUAACGCGGACAGCUCCAGAGAAGGAGGGCAGGCCCGGGGCUUUGAGGGCGAGGUGCAGCAGCCCGUCCCUUGCCACCCUUCGCCCACGGCACUGCUACCCCUGAUCCUGCCCAUGGAGAGCCUUCACCCAGCACCGCGCAAGGACAUCAUCAUGGGACGGCCCGGCACAGUGUGGACCAAUGUGGAGCCCCGGUCUGUCCCGGUGUUCCCCUGGCAUUCUUUAGUGCCCUUCCUGGCACCCGCCCAAUCAGAUACCCCUUCUCAGCCGGGGGAGGGCCUUCACCCUGUCAAUCACCCCCAUGCGGCCGCUCCAAAGACAGACUGUCAGGCGGGGGCGGUGCCGCCCCCCGAACCCGCCGAGGCCCCUCACACGUUGGAGCGGGGUCCCCCGACUCAGCACGCCGUCGCACCCGAGGAGUCGGAGAAGGAGAAAGUGGACGCGGACAGGCCCGAGAGCGAGACGGAGAGCGACGUGGAUGACCCCUUCCUCCCCGGCGUUGUGCCCGAGCAGCCGCUCUCGACGUCUCCCGUUAAGCGGCGGACACAAUCCCUCAGUGCGCUGCCCAAAGAUGGGGACAAGAGCAGCCCCGGAAAGCGGGAAAAGGACCACAUCCGGCGACCGAUGAACGCCUUCAUGAUUUUCAGCAAGCGCCAUCGAGCGUUAGUGCAUCAGCGCCACCCCAACCAGGACAACAGGACCGUCAGCAAGAUCCUGGGCGAGUGGUGGUAUGCCCUUGGACCUAAAGAGAAACAGAAGUACCACGACUUGGCUUUCCAGGUAAAAGAGGCCCACUUCAAGGCUCAUCCAGACUGGAAGUGGUGCAACAAAGACAGGAAGAAGUCCAGCUCCGAAGGUCGCGGCGUCCCCGGCGGCAAAGACAUCCGCGAAAGGAGCAUGUCUGAGUCCACGGAGCCCCAUUCUGUGGAGGUGAAGGGGGUGGCGGCCCCGAGCCUGGCGGGCAUGUCGGAGAGGAGUCAGACGGCGGAGGGUCACAUGAGCCAGCUGACGCGUCCCAGAGCCUUCUCGCAAAGCGCCGUGCACACCAUGGAGCGGGCCGACAGGGCCAACACACAAGCACUGGCCGAACUGGCUCAGAUGUGUGGUGACGGAGGCGGACAGUUUUCCAGCCACGCCCCCUCCCGGUCGCAGCCCCAGCGGGCUGUCAGCGAGGACAUGACCAGCGACGAGGAGCGCAUGGUCAUCUGCGAGGAGGAGGGUGAUGAUGAUGUCAUCGAGGACCCUUACCCCAGCAGCUCCAUCGACCUCAAGUGCAAGGAGCGGGUGACCGACAGCGACAGUGAGAGAGGCUCCGGUGACGAGAGCGCUCACAAGCGUGUCUUCGCUCCCGUCAUCUGCUCCACGGCAGCCUCGUCUUCCACGCAUCACGGCAGGAGCGCAUCCCUGUCUUCCUAUCCGGUCGGCAAGCGCUACGAUGAGGGGAGGUCGGGGGCCGGUUCCGACUCUCGCAAGAGGGGUGAAGGAGACGUUAAGGACACUUUUGGGUGUGAGGCGGCAGCAUUGCAUGCCUCCCCACUCGCCCUCUCGCUCUCCUUGGGCCAGUCUGUCAUCUCCGCGUCACCUUCGCACCUCGGCGUGGGCGCAAUGCGGGUGGCCUCCACUGUGUUGACCAACGUGAUGCGCCCCGUCAUCAGCACGCCGCUGCCCAUCGUCAGCAAACCCAGAGACGGCAGCGGCUUGCACCCUCCCGAAAGGAAGCCCCCAACGCUCCAGCAGCCGCAAGUCCUGAUUGGCACGGCUCCGGGAAGCGCAGCCGUGCCGAGCGGCUACUCCUCCUGUCCCUCGCCCGGCCCCGUGGGUGCCGGUGUGGUGACUAAUCUAGUGCUCGGCGGCGCGCUGUCGGGGCAACCCACUGCCGUGCAGCUCAUUGGCCCGCAGCCCCCGUCCUGCAACAGCCACUCCAACGGACCCCUGCCUCUCCCCCUGCUCCAGCCUCAGUUCCUGCCCACCUCCUCUCUAACGCCCCCAGGGGGCAAGGCCAUCACGCAGGUGCAGUACAUACUCCCCACCCUCCCCGCCAAUCCCAAGAGCCCGCCGCAGCAACUCUGCCAGCCCAGCAGUAUCUUCAACCUGCCCGCAGCGCCGGCCACACACGCUCCCUUGGCCAACGGCAAGCAGCAGGCUCAGAGUUCGCUCGUGUGUUAUUCGUCCAGCCCCGCAACAAGAGUGCAAACGCAGUCCCCGGUAUUCCAGGGUAAAAUAGUCGUUCCCAUGGCGACAGUCCGCACUGUGCCGGCUCCAGCCCAGCAGUUCCCUGUUGUGGCCCCGCCUCUUCCUGUCCAGAACGGCACUCAAGCGGGGAGCAAGAUCAUACAGAUUGCACCCAUGCCAGUGGUCCAGUCUCAGCUGCCCCCAGGAGGGGCGGUUCACCCCGCCAGCCCCUUCCCGGUGACAGUGGCCACCGCCGCCAUUGUGGCGCCGGGGCCCGCCGGCCCCUCGCAGACAGUUCUGGUGCCUCCUCCAACCACCAGGAUCACCUACGUACAGUCCACUCUGGGGGUCCCAUCAGCACUUCCACCGGUUUCCGCGACAACAGCUUCCUCGUCCUCCCCGUCCUCCCAGCCAGCGCUGCCUCUGCCGGGCUCCGCAUACGUGCCACCUUCCUUGGCCACCCUUGGGUUCACCGCAAUCCCGCCGCCUGGCCAGACACUGGUUCAGCCGCUGAUUUCUGGUCAACCGCCUCUCCUGGCCACGGCGCCAUCUCCGCAGCCCCCCAGCUCAGCCCCCAUCUGCGGCUCAGGCAGCCAGAUUGUCACCGCCAUAUACCCUCCUUCGCAAAGUGUCACCAUGGCGACCGGGGUGGUCUCCAUGGCGGCCGUACCGCCUAGCCCGGGCGUUUACUCUGUCUCCAGCCUUUCCAGCGUUUCCAGCCACGUGAUGCCCAAACCCACGGCGCCUCCCGCCGCCGUGUCUGUCCCACAGCUGCAUCCUGAGCGCCGCCUGCCUGCCGACAGAGCUGGCGAGAGGCAACCGGAGAGUCAGACAGAGGCGCCGAUGCAACCGGAAGACCAGCGGCCGCAGAGCACCAUGAGUGGCAGCUCAGUAGUGCCUCCUGGUGGACCCGCUGCGAAUUCUUGCAGUCCUCCGCUUCAAAUCCAAAUCCUCGCCAGCACACCUGGCACACUCAAACCCAGCCAGCUCCCGAGCCGCCCCCCCCAGAAAGUCAAGGCCACACUGGCCAGCAUCCCGGUGGGCAGCUACGAGGGAGGGGGUCGCGGCAAGGAGCGGGACAAAGAAAGAGGGGCCGCAGCCACCACCGCCUCGUCUAACAGCCACUUCUCCUUCGACCUGGAACCGGCAGGACCCACGACUGCGUCUCCUGUGUCGCAUUCGGCCGAGGAGUCUCCAUCCUGUGACGGCACAGCAGAAACUGCCAGAGAGACUGGAUGGAAGGACUCCCUCCCAUCCUCUCCACUACCUCCACCGUUAGCCACCGAGCCCACCCUGCCGCCCCCGUACACCGACAAAGAAGGAUCGGCGCCAAAGAAGAUCAAAGCUCGCCCUCCGCCGCUAAAGAAGACAUUUGACUCGGUGGACAACUGGUCGGGAAGAGUGCUGUCGGAGGUCUACUUCGAGGAGCGCUUCGCUGAGCUUCCGGAGUUUCGGCCCGAGGAGGUGCUCCCGUCGCCCACGCUGCAGAGCCUCGCCACGUCGCCCCGUGCCAUCCUGGGCAGCUAUCGACGCAAAAGGAAGAACUCAACAGACUUGGACUCGGCCACCGACGAUCAAGCGUCUCCAAAGAGGAAGAGUCGUCGGCGUUCCAGCUGCAGCUCGGAACCCAACACGCCCAAAAGUGCUGCCAAGUGCGAAGGCGACAUCUUCACCUUUGACCGGCCAGGCACCGACAGCGAGGACAUACUGGCUGAACUGGAGUUUGACAAAGUGCCGUACUCAUCCCUACGACGGACGCUGGACCAGAGGAGGGCGCUGGUCAUGCAGCUGUUUCAGGAGCAGCAGGGCUUCUUUCCAUCAGCUCAGGCCACAGCCGCUUUCCAGACCAGGUACUCGGACAUUUUCCCAACAAAGGUGUGUUUGCAACUGAAGAUCAGGGAAGUCCGGCAGAAGAUCAUGCAGACGGCCACCCCGGCCGACGCUGCCUGUCUUGCCGUCCCCACCGACUCAUUGCCGGGACCCUCCGGCGCCCAGUCGGGGGACUUGGCCGGGAGAGAGGAUGAAGACGGGGAACCCGGGGCCGACGAGGAUCCUGGCGAUUCGCAGGACUCUUCCAGAUGAGGACGUUUUGCCAUAAUGUGGACUUGUAAUCAUAUCUCUGGAACCACAGUGAGAUGUCCGUAUAAACCCCCCAAAACCAAGACUUUAUUAAGAGUCCAGGCGGAACGUUGGAAUCCCCGGAAUUCCCUUGUGGAUGUUCGGAAAGACCAAAUGGAUGCAACGUUUGUCUUGAUUUGUUUUGAACAAUGUUAAGAGGGAAAGUUGUUAGAUUUUUUCCCCUGGAUAUGUAAUCACUUCCAGUAAGUUUCUGCUGACAUUGUGGGGGGCUGGGACCCUCAAGACUUUUUCCAUCCCGGAACCACCGGUCGCUUCUUUUAGCUGACCAACAGGCCACUGACGGAGAGCUCUUAAAAAUUGACUGCAGAGUGGACAGAAAGUGGACUGUCUGGCUGUGCCGUCAUUCCCGCUGUCGUAGUCUGAAGGAAGCAAACAUUCCCGUGCCUCUUAUUGGUUACGCAUGAAGGAAGGAGGAUGGUCCAUGGUGGUGAUUUUUAUGGACUUUUUUUUUUCAAGUAUUUUCAAUUUUAACAUCAUUGCGUUGGCUCCACCUGUGCCCGAUUAAUAUUAUUCCUUACAUUCUUCAUUGCCCUUACUUUACAAUCUUUCAGAGGGAUGUACUGUACCCUUUCUCUGUGCGCUUUGUCUUCCCUUUUAACAAAAGACAGUUUUUUUAUGUUUUUAGAUCCACGUUAACACUACUUCCUCUUUCCUUCUGCCUCCCCUUGUCACUUUAUGCCUUGCCUCCCUCCAAUCAAAAUACAACUGUUGGAACAGAACAUUUGAUCUUAGUGCAAAACUAGUUGGGGAAAUACUGUAAAAGAGUCUACAGAUAUAGGACCUUUAUAUCACAAAAACAGGACUGUGCAAAGCAAAGUUAAAGGAGGGGGGGAAAAAACAAAUUAUAUGGCUUUCAAUGUUUUUGUGUUCAUGUUUGGCUGUUCCAGUAUACAAGAGACAAAUUUAUAUGAAUAAUUUAAGUUUGUAUCUGUAACUUUCAGUAUGCCAAUAAAGUUAGGUGGUCAGUUCAAUAAAAAAAAAGUGGAAAUGUA